AUGGCGACUGGACCAGUAGAUGUCCUAGAGCCUCUCGAGGGUGAAGAAACAGGAAAGAAAAAAUCCAAGUUUCAGACUUUCAAGAACUUCUUUGCCAAGAAGAAGAAGAAGAAAGAGCCUUCCUCUCCGGGGGCCGAGAGCACGCUGAAGCCGAGCCAGUCGAGUAGCGACAUCAGCACCCCUCACCUGGACUCCAGCAUGCUGCAUUUACCGGCGGAGCCAGGAUCCAAAGGAAUCAUGGGAAAUAAAGCCUUAUCACACGACAGUGUUUUCAUUUUUGAAUCGCCACCAGAAACAGCUGGCAAAACAUCCUCACAGGAGAACCUUCCUGGGAAAGUCAAAGCUUUGCAGCUUCAGUUCCAGCAGACCCUACAGCUCAGGUCACCACCUCUGGUUAUUGCUAGUAAGAAAACAGAAGACGCAGGUGCCAUUUCAGAAGAUGAUGGCUUACCCAGAAGCCCUCCAGAAAUCUCCAUUCUCCAUGACGUUCUGACUUCUUCCACUAGUAAGUCCUCCAACCCUGUUCAGCGACAUAGCUCUUUGAGUUUAGGUGGCACAGACAGUGACGAUGACCAGGUACCCUCGGAAGCUUCCUCCAGGCCUGGUAGCCCACUGUCUUCCAGCAUCCUUGUGAGCCCCAUCUCACCAACAUGUCACUCGCUUUCUGUCGAUUUCAACACCCCAGCCACUCCGCUGGGCUGCCUGGAUACCUCGGCUGCCAGGCACAAGAUCGCACUUAAUCCGCGGAAGCAGAAAGCCUUUAACAACAAAACCCAGGCUUUGGCUGUGGAAAAGCCAGAGAAGGAGCCAGGCCUGCUCCAAGCUGCAGAAAGCAAAGCAAGCAAUCCAAAAUUACUUGAAGAAACUGACCACCCAAAGGAGGAUUCAGAAGGCUCAUCAAUCCAGAAUACAUCUCAUUUAAAUAAGAUUUGGAUUAACAAUGCAGUGCCCAAGACAAGGACCUCCAAUCCUUUGCGUUACUCUUGGAAUUUUCUCCCUGGCCCAGGUGGCACUUGUAUCUCAGAACCCGAGGACUGCAACAUUGCAGAAACAGAUUUCCAAAAUGUCGUAGCGGUGUCCUCCCCUAAUGCAGAGUCUUCUUUUGAAGAGAUUGAACUAAAAAUGGAGGAGGAAGAGGCAGAAAUGACUCGGCAUCAUACUGAUGAACUCAAGCAAAAUCCACAAAGCCCCGGGAAAGAAGAGUUUGAGAUUUCUGAACCUUUUCAGACAGAAACAGAAGCUGUUAUGCUUUGUGAUAUGCUGGUCUCUGCUUCACAUGGUAACAGCAUACAAAAGGACUUGGAUUCACCAGCAGAAUGUAUCCAAGUGCAGAGCCCAAAAUAUGUAGAUCAAAAAACAAAAGGCUCUGGGACUGGCGGCAACACAACCCAAUUUGACGGGGCACAGGAAAGACUUGCUGGUGGGCCCAGUUAUGUUGCCCUUGGAUCAGAUUCUCAGUUGCAGAUUUCAGAGUUUUCUUCAUCUGCUUCCGAAACUCCCUCAGAAGCAGGGAAGUCCAUUGUCCCAGAGCCUGAAAAGAGCCCAGCCAUCAAAGACGACCCAGCAGAUGUGGAACGUCAGCCAUCUGAAGACCACAUAAAACCAACGAUAUCCCCACAAAAAGAAUCUGCCAUGAAGGACAGCUCUUUAGAUACCAUAGAGGAUAAGAAGCUGUAUCUCCCAACAGAAUUUUGCUGCUCUGUUGAGAACAAUGACCUGGACAGUCAAGAGACAGGGCUCCUCGAAAAAGCACGUGACUCUACUGUGAAAGAUGAAAUAACCUCCGGAUAUGUUGAGGUCGCUUCUGAUAGCACCCCUCCUAGUGAGGAUGCCAGAGAAGAUCAGUCAGGUAGUGUAAAAAUAAAAGAAGAAAGCAGACCACCAAACGAGGUUGUCAAGACCCAGUUGAAGUCCAGUUCUACUAAACCAGUCAGGUUCACUAUCGCGCCUGCCUGGCAAAGGUCUCUCUCUGGGGGCUCGAAUCCCUUAGAUGGUUCAUGCACUAGAAGCUCUCCAUCUUCACCCAUAAAACCAGAGUUCUUUGAAGGCAUACCAGAUACAGCCACACCGGGAUGUAUGCCAAACAGCCCAGAAAGACUCAGUGGGGAUAAUGGAAAUGCUGUGGCCAUUGAGGAGCCACGGAGCCAUGAGAGCCCAUUUGGGAUUAAGCUGAGAAGAACAUCCUCAUUGCUAAAAUACCAAACGGAACAGCAACAUCAUGAGCCCCCAAAGCUAGGCCCAUUAGCAGCAUCUAGUAUCUCCUCUGCCAAAGAUGAGCCAAAGUCGCCCGAGCUUGGGAAGCCAUCCCAAAAUCUUACCAGCAGUGCUAAAUCUUUGGUGACGAAAUCCAACUUCCAGGAAGAGAAAAAUAACAGCAAAGCUAAAUCUGAAGAAGUGGCAACCAAGCAACAGAUGAGCAAACUUCCAGAGAGAAUUCCACCAGUCCAUUUAGAAACUCCGUCCUCAGAACCAGCUUGGAUCUCCAUGGCGAAACUCAAGCGGAGGGGCUUCCAGGGCCUCCCUCUUGCUAAAGGACUGAAAAAGGAAGAGAGAGCCUUAGCCCAAACUGAGCCAGAGGAGGAGAAGAAUGCGGGUAGUUCAAAGCCUGAAAAAGAACUGGACACUCCUUGUGAGAAUUUACUGAAAAAGAGCAGCACUCCUCCAGUGUGUGCCCGUGAGAAUAAAGUACAGAUGAAGAUGCCCACAUCCUCUCCAACUGCAUCAAUCAGAAUGGUCCCUCAGGAAGCCACGAGCAUGGAAAAAGAAAUGAGAACAACAACAAGCCUGCCGAUAUCCAUAUGUAGCCCUGUUACUCUGCAAAGAGACUGCACGCUCCAUCUUCUGCUCCCAACCAACCCAUUGUAA